AUGGCGUCAGAGGAUUCACUGUCACAAUCGGACGAUGAGCUGUUCAAUCCAAACUACAAACCCCUUCACGAGACGGUUGAUACAGUUCCCCUCCACCGGGUUAACGUGGCAGACGACAACUCCGAUAUCGAGUCGUUAGCCACUCUGCCGGUCAAUCGUCCUACCCAGAACCGACAGACGCAGCCCACGCAGCUUAUUGAUCGUUCUUCUGCGAAACUGUCUUCCUCGCCUCCUAAAGCAUCUUUGGUCCAGGUGGCCGCUUCCUCGCCAAUGGCCGCCCCGACAGUGGAGAGAAAGGCCCUAGGCAUUCUUGCCAGUGCUAUGGCACCCGCAGGAACGACAUUCAGAAGACCCUAUGUGGCGCCUCAAUCGCGGCCAACGCCCAUUUCGAUCGAUUCCGACGACGAAGGUCCUGCAUACAAGGGUGGCUCAUCGGAUAGCGAUGAACCUAGAAGGACUAACGACAUAAAGCCGUCCACUUUUGUACGGAAGCGAGACCAAUCGCCUGGAAAGAUCCCGGAGUCUCCGCAACCUCAGAACGAUGGGCGGAGUCGGUUUAUGGAGCUGACUGCACGCGCCAUAUUCAGAGGGUCACCUGCUUCCACCUCGUCUGGUGGAUCAAGCGGAGCGAAACGUUCUGCGGACGCCAUGGCGAAUGCGUACGGCAACGUCUCAAAGAAGCCUCGCCAGAAUGCACCCUCCCGUGCUCUUCCAGUAUCCUCAUCGCCUCCUAAGAUGGUACAAGAGAUGGAAUUGGAUGACAUCACCGAAUACAACAUGCGGCAGAAGGUGAACAGGCUGAUGUCGAUGCUGAGCGCGGUCACUGUAAGGGAAUGUUUCGAGGUUUUGAUGCUGAAGAAGGGAAAUUAUGACGAAGCUGCCGAUGAACUACUUCUGCGAAGCGAAAGGCGUCCGGCCAAGAACGGCCCAGUCGACCUGACGCUGUCCGACGACGAGCUGAUGCCGACGCCUGCUGCGACAAAGAAGCCCGUGGCACCGCGCGUCAAUGUGACCCGCCAGCAAGCCAAGGUGCCACAGCGAAGUAUCACAGAGAAAUGGAGCUCGACUCAGAACGUCAGAAAGCCAAAGGCAAUCGACGUCUUCGAUACCCCUCUUCCACAGAAGAAACGAACCUUGGUGCGUGGCCGGCGGCGACGCUCAUCUUCGCCAGCAGCUGCCGCGCCCGAACCUAAGGCCAAGCCGAAACUCCCACGUGUUCAGGCCAUCCAGUCAGACGAAUCUGAUGCGGCCGACUCCGCGAUGAGUUCGGAGGGCGAAGCAGAAGGCACAUUUCAAAGCCGAGUCCUUGGACUGUUCAACACGUGUUCCGCCGCGGACUUGGCAGACCUCUCUUCUAUCAGUCGUGAGGUGGCAGAGCAUGUUAUCUCAAAGCGACCCUUCAGAAGUCUUGAUGCCGUCAAAAAGGUUGAGGACCCAAAGCCCGCCAAGGGUCGAAGGAAAACGGCGAUCAUCGGAGAACGAAUUGUUGACAAGGUCAAGGAAAUGCUUCGAAGCUACGAAGCUGUGGACUAUCUCGUCAAGCAAUGCCAGAACUUGGCCAAGCCUCUGUCACACGAGAUGAAAAGUUGGGGUUCCAAAGCAAUCAGCUCACAAACUGGAGAAUUGGAAAUGGUCUCCCUACAAGCACAACGACCGAGUCAUGACUCAGGGAUCGGAACGCCUGUGAGUGACGAGGAGGACGUCAAGCGCUCUGGAUCGAAAGGUCUCAUCCAACAACCGUCAAUCAUGUCCCAUGAUAUACAGAUGAAGGACUACCAGAUCGUGGGCCUGAACUGGCUCAACCUCCUCUACAGCAAAGGCAUGAGCUGCAUUCUAGCCGACGACAUGGGUCUGGGGAAGACGUGUCAGGUCAUCGCCUUCCUAGCCCACCUAUUUGAGCAGGGGAAAACGGGACCUCAUCUGGUCGUCGUGCCAGCAGCAACUCUUGAAAACUGGCUCAAGGAAUUCCAGCGAUUUUGCCCAGCACUGAACGUUGAACCAUAUUACUCAACAAGUCCUCAGGAACGGUUCCAUCUGCGAGAGACUCUUACCGAUAACCGUGAAGACGUCAACGUUAUUGUGACCACAUAUACGAUCGCCAAAGGUAAAGAAGAUCAUCCGUGGUUGAGGACGUAUGGCUUCGACUGUACCAUUUACGACGAAGGGCAUGUACUCAAGAACGCCUCAUCGCAGGUCUCGAAGCAAUUGACCAGGAUCCAGUCAAACUUUCGGCUCCUGCUCACCGGGACACCACUGCAGAAUAACCUGAAGGAGCUGAUCUCCCUGCUCGGCUUUCUCAUGCCAGGAUUGUUCAAAGAGAAAGCUGACGACCUCGAGACGAUUUUCACCCACAACGUCAAGGCUCUCGAUAACCACCAGGAGAUGCUCCUGUCCACACAGAGGAUCCAGCGGGCCCGCAGCAUGCUCACUCCCUUCAUACUGAGGCGAAAGAAGUUCCAAGUCUUGAAAGACCUUCCGAAGAAGGAGCGUAGGACCGAGCUCUGCGAUUUGAGCCCUGAACAAGCUGGAUUGUAUCAACUAUGGCUUGACAAAGCUUAUGAGAUCCGUGAGCGACGCGCAAGAGGGGAGAACGUCAGCAAUGAGUCCACAAACGUGCUUAUGAAACUACGAUUCGCAUCUCUCCAUCCAUUUCUCUUCAGGCGCCUCUAUACCGACAGGAAACUUCCCGUCAUCGCAAAGCAAUGCUUGAAGGUUGAUCUGUGGCGUGAGUCCAACCCGGACUUGAUUGUCACAGAAUUGCUCGAGUACAAUGACAUGGAAAUCCAUAAUCUUUGUGACAAGCAUCCGCAACUGCAGAAAUUCGCGUUGAAUGGUGACGAAUGGCGCGCCAGCGGCAAGGUUCAGAAGAUGGUCGAACUUCUGCACAAGUUCAUCGCCGAGGGUCACAGGACGUUGAUUUUCAGCCAAUUUGUCAUGGUUUUGGACAUCCUCGAGCUGGUCCUGGAACGCGAGGCGAUCGGCUAUUUCCGACUCGAUGGCUCUACAAAGGUUACCGAACGACAAGACCUGAUCGAUGAGUUUUCCGCCGACGACAAUCAUACACCGGUGUUCAUGCUUAGUACAAAGGCUGGUGGUGCAGGUAUCAACCUGGCAAAGGCCAACAAGGUGAUCAUCUUCGACAGCGGUUUCAACCCGCAGGACGAUAUCCAGGCCGAGAACCGAGCGCAUCGAAUCGGACAAGAGAAGGAUGUCGAAGUCAUCAGACUAAUUUCCCGCGGUACUGUAGAGGAGCAGAUCUACGCCAUGGGUCUCACGAAGCUCAAGCUUGAUGAUCAAGUCGCCGGAGAUGGAGAAGAACAAGCGCCCAGAGAAGACAACGAAGAGACCGAUAAGGAGGUUGAAGGACGCAUGAUGGUCGAAGAGAUGUUGUUCAAGAAGCUCGAGACUGAACCUGUCGAGAAGCUGAUGGCUGAUGUGACGAGUCCGGUCAAACAGCGAUUCGACUCGCCGUUGUCAAGCCUGACGGAGUCUGCAUCCGAGGACGAUCAGGAUCAACCCGGCGGUAGGAAGGGAAGUGUGGAUUUGCCAACUCGUACGCAGCCACGUACUGAGGGAGUGAAGUCUAGAAAUUGA